GAAGCGCCUCCCCCCAGCUCCGCGGCGCUGCUGCUGCUGCUGCAGUCUUCGAAAAGGCCGCCUGUGGGAAGCAUGGAGAGCCCCUUCCUCGCUCGCUCGCUGGCUGGCAGCCGGUCCCGGUCGUCGCUGCCCGACCUUGGGCUGAACUGGAGCCUGCCUUGCCACUGACAACUGGGCGCCUGCUUCCAGCUCCUUCCGCCCGCAACAGCCGUGUGUGCCAGACCGAGGCCGAAGGAGCUCCGCGGCUGCUCCUGCUGCCGCCGCCGCCUGGGCUGGCUCUCUCCUGCUGAGCUGCGAGCACGUGCCUCUCUCGCAGGCUGCCUGUCACCCCACAACAAGGAAGCGAGCGGCGGUCGGAAUCUCUUCUCCGCGCAACUUUUGCACCGGCCAGGUUGGCAGCCAUGGAAGAAGGGAGCCUGGGCAGCAUGCAGCAGAGAGCUGUUGAGCUGGAACAUAUGGCCGAAGUCCUGCUUACUGGGGAGCAGCUACGGCUCAGGCUUCAUGAAGAAAAGGUAAUUAAAGAUCGAAGGCAUCACCUCAAGACAUAUCCAAACUGUUUUGUUGCCAAAGAACUUAUUGACUGGCUGAUUGAUCACAAGGAGGCCUCAGACAGGGAGACUGCAAUUAAACUGGUGCAGCAAUUGCUGGAUUGUAGCAUUAUCCAUCACGUUUGUGAUGAACAUAAGGAAUUCAAGGACCUCAAACUUUUUUACCGGUUUAGGAAAGACGAUGGAACGUUCCCACUUGACCACAAAGUGAAGGUAUUCAUGAGAGGACAGAGGAUAUAUGAAAAGCUGAUGAAUACCGAAAAUGCUCUUUUACAAGCCCGGGAAGAAGAAGGGAUAAAAUAUGAGCGCACGUUCAUGGCUUCUCAGCUUAUUGAUUGGCUGAUCCAGGAAGGGGAAGCUACCACAAGGUCUGAAGCUGAGCAACUUGGGUGUAGACUGCUGGAGCAUGGAAUUGUGCAGCAUGUGUCCAACAAGCACCAUUUUGUAGACAGCAACCUGCUGUACCAGUUCCGAAUGAAUUUCCGUAGAAGGAGGCGGUUGAUGGAGCUGCUUGCCGAAAAGUCCCACUUGAUGCCCGAUAGUCAUGACAGCCCCUUCUGCCUGCGGAAGAAGAACCACGACAACAAAAAGCACACCAGCUUUCUCUCAGUGAGCCCCACCAAGGAGAUAAAGAUUGUUUCAGCUGUGAGACGGAGUAGCAUGAGCAGUUGUGGGAGCAGUGGGUACUUCAGCAGCAGUCCAACCCUCAGCAGCAGCCCGCCGGUACUAUGCAACCCUAAAUCUGUAUUAAAGAGAGCGGUGAGUCCUGAAGAACUUCUGAUGCCCGGAGCUCCAUAUGCCAGGAAAACCUUCACAAUCAUAGGUGAUGCUGUUGGGUGGGGAUUUGUGGUACGUGGGAGCAAGCCAUGUCAUGUCCAAGCUGUGGAUCCCAGCGGCCCAGCAGCUGCAGCAGGAAUGAAGGUUUGCCAGUUCGUCGUUUCAGUGAAUGGGCUCAACGUUCUCCAUGCAGACUACAGGACAGUGAGCAAUCUCAUCCUGACCGGCCCUCGAACCAUCGUCAUGGAAGUGAUGGAGGAAAUAGAUCCCUGAGAAGACCUCUCGGUACAACACACCUACCAUGGACUUGGAUGCAGAGCAAACAGGAGCAAUGUUAUUUCAGGGAAUUAGCUCAUGCCAUUGUCCGAGUAAAUUAUUCUGCCUUCUGGGAACUUUUGUCCCUCAUUUAACAAUAAUAACUUUGAUGCCUAGGCUAAGGCUACAUCUGCAUUUGUGAAAACCCGAGGGUCCGGUGUGCAAACUCACUGGCACAUUCUACAUUAGGCUAUGAGGCAGCUGCACAUUGGGGAUGUAGCCAGCUGAGGUGGUCUGCACAACACAUGGGCAUGAUGGCAGAACCAGUGUCUGCGUCAUGUCAGGAGUCGUGAGUAUGAGGUUCCCCAGUGUCACUGUGUUCCUCUUUUAAUUUAUGAUGCUAAAACUGUGAUGGGGCAAACACACUAGCUGGCUUUUGUUUGAGAUGUCAGCAGUGCUUUAGCAGAAUGUACAAAGGGAUGUGUGCUUGUUUUAGAAGCAGGCUUACAAAUACUUUGCUUUAAGUUCAGAUUUUGUGCCAAGAAAAAGCAAAUUCGGCUACUCCUGCAGAGGGACAAGAAGCUCUGCAGAACUGGGAUGGUGCCAUAGCUCAGUGGUAGAGCAUCCGCUUUACAUGCAGACGCUCCCAGGUUCAAAUCCUGGCAUUUCCAGGGAACACGGGAAGCUGCCAUAUACUGAGUCAGACCAUAGGCCCAUCGAGCUUGUCUACACAGACUGGCAGUGGCUUCUCCAAGGUUGCAGGCAGGAAUCUCUCUCAGCCCUAUCUUGGAGAUGCUGCCAGGGAGGGAACUUGGAACCUUCUGCUCUUCCCAGAGCGGCUCCAUCCCCUGAGGGGAAUAUCUUAUAGUGCUGACACUUCUAGUCUCCCAUUCAAAUGGAACCAGGGUGGACCCUGCUUAGCUAAGGGGACUAGUCAUGCUUGCUUCCACAAGACCAGCUCUCCUCUACUUUCCCAGGUACAGCUGGGAGAGACUCCCACUUGAAACCUUGGAGAACCGCUGCCAAUCCGUGUAGUAGACAGUAGUGAGCUAGAUGGACCAGUGGUCUGACUCAGUAUAAGGUAGCUUCCUGUGUUCCGUACUGAAGCUGCACCACCAAUCUGCUUGGGGCCAGACUAGCAGAGACAUGGGAUAUCUAAGUUCCAACACACUCACACCUAAAAUUGCUAUUUGCCGUGCUGGGGAAAAUAUACAGAUACUUCCAUGUUUUUCCCAGGUGGGCAAAUAGCAUCUCUGGGUGGUAGAAGUUUUUUAGAUCAGGAAAAUGGCAUGAGGGGGGAGGGGUAAAAAAACCCCACUGAGAGCCAAUGCCUGGGCUUGGCUGCCCGUGAGAGCCGCCGGGACCCACGUGGAUCCUGGUGCUGCCACAGUGCCAAACCCAGCGUUCAAGCCCAGCUUUCCGUUUCAAGCCUGGCUCCAUUAAUCCAGGAUUGUUUGACAGAGAGACAGGCCCCUAGAGUGCCUGUUCCCCAGGGGGAAACCCCCCCCCCGCCCAAUGCACCAUGCUCAUUGCACGGUGCAUUGGAGGAUUCCCCCGGCCUCUGCAACGCCACACUAGUCACUGCUGUUCCUGGAUCAUCUACAGGGAAGGUCGGCUUAACCCUGCCUCCCCGCUGCCCAGUCACGUGGAAGGCCCCAGUAUCUUGAUGCAGCCCUGUUCCAUUCAGAGCUGUCCCACAGCACAUGUUGCUUUUAGAAAAAAGAAAUGUUGGGCAAUCCUGUCAAAGAUCUCCCAUCUCUUAAGCCAGUUUGUUUGACCCUCAAGCUCUUCUAAGGUUCUAAGAUUUCACCAGGUAUUCACCACAUAUUUCAAGAUUUCCUUAACAGUCAUAAGGCCUAGAAACAUGUCUUUUAAAAGAAAGGAAUGUUGAGAUGCUCAAGAUGGUAAAUUCUGUGCUCGGUGUACCAUAAUUUGCAUCUGCUCAAUACAAAUGCAGAAAUGUGGAUUACCAAAGUGACUGAUUACAAGCUUUGCCUCCCCCCCUCCUCUCUCACACACACACUUUCAAAUGGCUCAAACUCAUUGAAAUGACAGCAUGAGCUUCAGAAUGACUUGGAAGCCAUCAGAACGGACGCCAACACUUCUAGUCUUCAAAGGUUCAUGCAUUUGGUUGCCAGUUGCCAACACAUUUUUAACCUUUUCCAUAAAUGUGGCGGUGGGGGGAUGUAUACAUUGGACAUCUAAAGCAAUGAUCUUCCCUGUUUUUCAGACAGGUGCCACUCUGCUUAGAACCCUCCAGUGUGUGUGUCUGUGUGUGAGCCAUCUCCCAUCGUGCCGACCUCCUCACAGGACUGCGCUUUCCUCCGUAGUUGGAGGGCCUUUUAAGAGAGACGGAGCCCUCCCUUAAGAGCCCUCGGAGGAAAGUGCCGGGAAGGGCUACACUUCCAUGCACGCCUUCCAAGAUGGCACAAGGGCUCCAGAGGGCUCUGUUCCCCUUAAAGGAGCCCUCUGGUGCUGGGCACAGGACAACACUGCACAGUGGGAUUGUCCAUCUCCACGUGAUGCCAGGGGGGCUGUGCAGAGUGUUCUGCUUUGGCCAAAGCGUCUCACAGGCCCAAUAAACAGCCAGGGGACUAACUGCACUUAGGGGGAUGCAGGGGAAUAACUGCCACUGGCUCCUGGACCCUAGAAGGAAGAAUACUCCCUUAAUGUUUUUUAACUUUAUUAUUAUUAUUAUUAUUAUUAUUAUUUACACUUCUAUCCCGCUCUUCCUCUGAGGAGCUCAGAGGUGUGCAUGGCUAUUUUUAUCCUCACAACAACCCUGUGAUGUAAGUUAGGCUGAGAGAUACAUGACUGGCCCAGAGCCACCCAGUGAGUUUCAUGGUUGAAUGGGAUUUCGAACUUGGGUCUUCCCGGUCCUAGGCCAUCACUCUUAACCACUACACUAUGCUGCCUUAGAGCCUGCUCCCCAGAUGUUAUUGGACCACAGCUCCCAUGAUGGGAGUUUGUAGCCUAACAACUAUUGGGUACCCAAGUAUGAGAAACUUCAUCGAUAGUGUAAUGGAUAAAGUAUGGGAUUGGGACCAGGAGCCCUGGAUUCAAACCCCUGCGCAUCCAUGAAGCUCCCUGCGUGGCCUUAGACUGGUCAUUUUUUAUCUAGUCCCAGAAUAAAUGGGAGACACCCCAUGUAUCUUCAGCUCCCUGAAGGAAGGGUGGGAUGCAUGUAUGAAAUCUCAGUCUCAAUGUCUUCUCUCGGGGGUUCUCAGCUUAGGUCCCCAGUUGUUGGACUACAACUCCCAUCAUCCCCACAAAUGGCUUUCAGCCAUUGUGGCUGGGGAUGAUGAGAGUUGUAGUCCAACAACAUUGAGGACCCAAGUUGGAGAACCCCUGCCUUAUCUGAAAAAUGGGAAUAAAACUGGCCUACCUCUCAGGAUUGUUGUGAAGAUUGAUUUUUAAAAAAAUCCUUAAAACCAGCAUAAUACUUAAGCAUGCAGUGAUUUAAGUAGUUUUUAGACUGCAGCUCAGUCUUUCAAGCAAGCUCUUUGGCACAGUAUUUUGACAGUCCUGAUUUUAAAAUAAGUGAAAGCACUUUCCAAAGCUAUAUCUUUAAUAUUGUACUAUGAAAUGACAACUCUGAUAUUCAGGAGCUCAAAUUGAACACAGUAUACAGUUUGGAUGAGAGGAAUGGACCUGUGAAAGCUUCGACUAAGUAGCAUUUUCAGAACGCUAAAAUUAAAAAAACACUGCAGACACAAUAUGUAAAAUAUGCUUCUGAUACUGUUGGAUAUGUUUUUGCUUUUAAAAGAGCAGAGGAUUUUGUUUUUUGUUUUGAUUUGGUAGAAUUUCAUCAGGAUCAUUAUGACUAAAGAUGCUCAAUGAACUGUAUACCCUUGUGGAGUCUAACUUAGAGCUGAUCUUUAUAAAUUAAAGCUGGAACCAGGCCCACCCACCCCAAGAAAGCUGAAGGCUCUUUGAAAGAGGGAUUGCUCCUAUGGUGUGUGCAGUCAUUUCACUUUCACAUCUGGUAAACAGGUUUUGCAAGGUUUUGUAUUGCUUCAAAACCCUGCAAGACUUGUUUGACUAAAGGCCACAGUGGUACAAAAAAGAAAUGUUUAGGUAGGAAAAUAAAACUUCUUAAUAAAACUUAGGUAGGAAAAUAAAACUUCUCAGACCGAUUUCAGCUCUUAAGGAUUAUUGUCUGUUUCCGGACAAAAAUUCAGAUUCACAGGCCAUGACAAUGCUGGAUUCAAAUCUUAAAAUCUCAGUUUUUAAAACCAAUUAUGUACACUUAUUUUUGCUUUCCCCCCUUCUUUUUUCUGAGGUGCAUUUGUGACUGCGGGUCCCCAUGGGCACAGUUUGUCAUCUUGUGGCAAACUGCUCAUAGUAAAAUUAUGACAUCUAUGCUCAACUCUUUGAAUCGGGGAUGGGUAGAGCAUCUGAAUCAGUGGUAGAACAUCUGCUUUGCACGCAGGAGGUCCCAGGUUCAAUCCCUGGCAUUUCCAGGUAGGUCUGGGAAAGGCCCCUGUCUGAAACUCUGGAAAACUGCUGUCUGUCAGUUUAGACAAUACUAAUCUAGAUGGACCAAUGGUCUGACUAGAUAUAAGGCAGCUUCCUGUGUUCCUAUAAAUGCAAGUCUAGUGAAAUUUAUGCCUCUUUGAAAAAUUCACAUUUGAAUAGGAUGGCUUUGAAAUAUGGGAAAGAUGAGGUGUUUUGAGUGUGAGCAAAUAUUUGCGUUAGCAUUGUACUUCUCACUCCCACAAGAGGUGUGCUAUAAAUUUGUUGAAUGUAUACAUAUUUAUAUGUUUUCCACAAGACUGUAUAAGCUAUACAUAGCAGAGGUAUUCUGGUACGGUUCUGUUUAUAAGUAGAAUUUUUAAAAUAAACUUUUUAAAAAGAAA